AUGCGUUUCGCCAUGCUCACAGUGCUGGUCGCCAGCGCCACUCUGGCAGCCGCGAAUCCCAACCCCAAGCCCCCUUGCGGCACCUGCAACCCGGUGUCUGGCCAAAACCGCUGUGACGUUACCACGUCGUGCAUCAACACCGGGACUUCAUUCCACUGUGCUUGCCGUGCUGGCUACAAAGCGUCUUCGCAAAAUAACAAUGUGAACCAGCAGUUCCGCUUGCCAGUGCCGAACUAUGAGUUCCUUGUCUUUGUGCCGGAGAAUACGCCUUGCAAUACCCUUUGCGACAAUCGCAUGGCUCCUGCUUCGCAGCUCUGCCAGGAGGUUCCGCUUUACAACCAGUGUCCGGCUUAG